AUGUCUGCUGCUGAAGUAUCGUCCGUCGCCGCCCCAGAGACCAACCCCGUGGAAUCCUCGACGAAUGGCACCACCGUCAACACAAACUUUGCAAAUGAUGCUGCCGGAGAUGGCAGCGAGACCCCCAAUUCUGCUGGUCCCAGCACCACCCAACCACAUUCUGCCUCCCUCUACGUCGGAGAAUUAGACCCCUCCGUCACCGAAGCCAUGCUUUUCGAACUUUUCUCCUCCAUCGGCCAAGUCGCUUCCAUCCGUGUGUGCCGCGAUGCUGUCACCAGACGUUCUCUCGGUUAUGCUUAUGUCAACUACAACAACACUGCUGAUGGCGAACGUGCUCUCGAAGACCUCAACUACACCCUCAUCAAAGGCAAACCUUGCCGGAUUAUGUGGUCCCAGCGUGAUCCUGCCCUGCGCAAAACCGGUCAGGGCAAUGUCUUCAUCAAGAACCUGGAUACCGCUAUCGACAACAAAGCCCUUCACGACACCUUCGCCGCUUUCGGUAACAUUCUCAGUUGCAAAGUCGCCCAGGACGAGUUCGGUAAUUCUAAGGGCUAUGGCUUUGUCCAUUACGAAACCGCGGAAGCCGCCACCAACGCCAUCAAACACGUCAACGGUAUGUUGCUGAACGAGAAGAAGGUAUUCGUCGGCCAUCAUAUUGCCAAGAAAGAUCGCCAGAGCAAAUUUGAGGAGAUGAAGGCCAAUUUCACCAACGUAUACGUGAAGAACUUGGAUACUGAGGUCUCCAAUGAGGAGUUCCGGGAGCUGUUUGAAAAAUAUGGCGAAAUUACCUCCGCAUCUAUUAGCCGCGACGGGGAGACUGGGAAAAGCAGAGGGUUCGGUUUCUUCUACUUCCUCAAGCAUGAGAGUGCUGCUGCCGCUGUUGAAGAAUUAAACGACAAGGAAUACAAGGGUCAGAAACUUUACGUCGGCCGCGCACAGAAGAAGCACGAGCGGGAGGAGGAGUUGCGCAAACAGCAUGAGGCUGCCCGCGUCGAAAAGGCGUCCAAAUACCAAGGUGUUAAUCUCUACGUCAAGAACUUGACCGAUGACAUCGAUGAUGAGAAACUGCGGGACCUCUUCAUCAGCUUUGGAAACAUUACCUCUGCUCGAGUUAUGCGUGACACUGCUGGGGAUCCCGGUUCUGAAUCUGAGAAGGAAAAAGAGAGCGCCAAUAAGGAAAACGUGAAAGAUGAGGCUAAGAAGGAGUCUGGUGAGGAGGACUCCGCUGACAAGAGCGACAAAGUUGAGAAAUCCGACAGCAAAAAUGCUACUGAAAAGAAACUUGGGAAAAGUAAGGGCUUUGGUUUCGUCUGCUUCAGCAAUCCUGAUGAAGCUUCUAAGGCCGUCACGGAAAUGAACCAGCGCAUGGUCAAUGGCAAACCUCUCUACGUCGCACUAGCUCAGCGGAAAGAUGUCCGCAAAAGCCAGCUUGAGGCAAGCAUUCAAGCUCGUAAUACUAUCCGACAACAGCAGGUUGCUGCUGCUGCAGGAAUGUCCCAGCCAUUCAUGCAGCCCGCUGUCUACUACCCACCGGGCCAGCAAGGAUUCAUCCCCGCCAACGCUGCACAACGCGGUGGUAUGGCUUUUGGUCAACAACCUGGAAUGGUUAUACCUGGCAUACCAGGUGGCCGACCUGGUCAAUUCGCCGCAGGGUUCCCGGGACAGCAAGGUGGUCGCGGGAUUAACCCCAACCAACAACUCCCACCAAAUGCCUUUGGCCUAGGUGCCCAGGGCCUUCCCAUUGGUGCGCUCCAAGGUCCUGGUGGGAUGCCAAACGGUCUCAGCUACCCACAAGCUAUUGCCCAAGUUCAAGCAUCAUUCGGGCGAGGUGGUGGCGGCCGCGGCCAGGUUCCUGGCAUACAGGGUAUGCCUCCAAAUUUGGCUAAUGUACCAGGCAUGCGGGCUGGCGGCCAAGGUUUCGCACAAGGCCGUGGCAUUCCACCCCAACAAGGCGAUCCUAAGCCCAACAACCAGAGUUUGGCUGGGCAAGAUCACUGGUAUGCUUUUUGGAAAUGGACAAAUGCAGAACUACUUAGUUUGGUCGAUGAUGACGCUGCACUCCGCGCCAAGGUCGACGAGGCUAUAAAUGUUUAUGAUGAAUAUAUGAAGAGCAAGGGUGGUGAAGGUGAAGCUGCGGACGCAGCCAAACAGUCGAAGGAAGCCGGCAAAGACAGCAAGUCAGAAGAGGCCAAAUCCUAA